AUGGCCGCUCGCUCUCGCUUGGUAGAUCUGGCCAGUAUACCAACAGUAUCACAGCUUUAUCGCACCAGGAGACUGCUUCCAACAGAGUCAAUCGGAUCGGCUUUCCCUCCGUCGCAACAUCUAAAUGACAGCAUCGCACUGAUUCUCAACGACAUCACCAAAUUGGACAUCGAUUGCAUCGUCAACGCAGCAAACAACUCUCUCCUCGGUGGUGGAGGUGUCGACGGGGCAAUUCACGCAGCUGCAGGACCGCAGCUCGUGGAAGAGUGCUCCGAACUCGACGGAUGUGAUACAGGCGAUGCGAAAAUCACCAAAGCAUACGACCUGCCUUGUAAAAAUAUCAUACACACUGUCGGACCAAUCUACCGAAACCAGGAUUCUAAUCAUUCCGAGACUUUGCUCCGAUCUUGCUAUCGAACCAGCAUGGAACUCGCGAUGCAGCAUGGUCUGAAGACUAUUGCGUUCCCGGCCAUUAGCACCGGGGUAUACGGUUACCCCAUUGACCUUGCGGCGCGCGCUGUAACACAGGAAGUCCGCCAAUUCUUGGAAUCAAAUGCUGGAGUACCCAAUGCUCUGCGCCGAGUUAUCUUCUGUAACUUCGAGCCUCGCGAUAUGGUUGUGUAUGCGCAGAUGUUAACGUUGGUACUCUCUGUCUUUUAUCAGGCGCAUAUCGCGCUGACAUCUUUUAGCCAAUUCCUCCCUGCGACCCCCGAAGACCUUCGCAUCGCUGACUCGAGUGCUGGCGCCGAUGCUCCAAAUGGCAUUUAA